UAAUGGAGUCGAUCUGCAAUACUCUUCUUCUUCAUCCACAAAGCGAAUUUCUUUGGGAUUUCUUUCUAUAAUUUGAAAUUGAAAUUGAUAGAGAGAAUAUGGAACCACCACCACAGUACACUACUCAGCGACUAGCAUUCGUGGGAAGCACAAUAGAGAUGGCAAGUCGGCCUUCUCAUAAUCCCGACAACGAUCGGACCACCGGCGACUUCCGCGCACCGCUGGAUUGUAACCUCGCCUCCCUCUGCGAUCACAUCCAACAGGAAGGCUUCAACAAUGGCGCCUUCUAUGACAUCCUCGUCCACGCUAUGGACUCCACUUACCGCCUCCACCGCUUCAUCCUCUCCCGCAGUUCAUACUUCAGGAAUAUGCUUCAUGGUCCUUGGCAAGAAGCUCAAGCUUCAAUUGUGACCUUACAAAUAGAUGAUAAGAAUGUCAAUGGGGAGGCUAUAGAAAUUGCUUUAGCUUAUCUCUAUGGGCACCACCCAAAGCUCAACGAUGAUAAUGCUUACCGUGUUCUUGCUGCUGCAUCUUUUCUUGACCUUCAGGAAUUGUGUUCAAUGUGCACAGAUUUCAUUAUAUCAGAACUUUGGACCUCAAAUUUCUUAAUUUAUCAGACGUUUGCCGAGAAUCAAGAUUACGGAAGCCAUGGUGAACGUGUUAGAAGUGCUUGCUGGGGUUAUCUUUGUCAGAGUGGAGCUAUGGAGCUGAAAGAGGUGCUCCCAAAAUUGUCUUCCCAGACUCUUCAUGCGUUGCUUAUAUCAAAUGAAUUGUGGGUGACCAGUGAAGAGAAGCGGUUUGAAUUGGCACUACACACCUUCUUGGCAAAGAGUGCUCUUUGCAAUGCAGAGCAUCCAGAUCAAGGAAAUUCUUGUACUGAUGUAGGAUCAAAUAUUCAGUUGAAUAAUUCUAGAUUAAAAGGGAAGAAUAUGGUUGAUUGUGGUGUUGAUAGAAAAUUGGAAUGUGAACUCGGGUGUUUAAGUUUGAAAGUUGACAUCAAAGGAUCUGAUACGUUGGAAGAGCUCACAAACGGUAUCAUAGAUUCUGAAGGCAGUGCUUCUUGUGCAGCUCAACAGUCACAACAAAGUGGGCCAAUUGAUUCAUGCUUAGAACCAACACACAUUUGCAAUGUCGGGCAGAUUUCUUCCGGUGAAUCAUUGCCAUAUAUAAAUAGAGUCAGUUCUCCCUGUUCUUAUGCUGAAGUGCUAGUUAGUAGUGUAGCAAGUGAUGUAGUCAGUGAUUUUACAAACUUGCAAGGGCAGUCUGAAGGGCCUUGCUACCAGUUGAAUAAUAACAAUUGGCUUGAUGAGGAUCAAAGGGACGGCAGUUUGCUGAACUCUUCUUGUAACAGCUUUUUGCCUAGUGAAUGGGGGAGAUAUAAUGCCCCUGUUCUUUCAUGGGGUGGAAGGAUAGUGGGUCAUCGUCAGGUGAAAGGUUAUGCAAAAGAGAACUCUGGUGCGAUGAUGGAGGAGGACUACGAUGCUUUUGUCAAUGUCUUUGAAGGUGGUUCUUUACUAUACUGUAACAUAGCGUUUGAAACACUUUUAAAUGUGAGAAGAAAGCUCGAAGAAUUGGGAUUCCCUUGCAAAGCCUUGAAUGAUGGUCUUUGGCUCAAGAUGCUCUUGAGCCAACGAGUGCAAGAAAUUGGUCAAGACAGUUGCAAAAACUGCUGCCUUGUUAGCAUGGCAUGCACUUGCAGACAACAAUUUUAUUUCUCUCAUGUAGCCACUGGCACUAAUUAUUACGUGCAAGAGAAUGAUCAGAAUAAUAUGGCGAGCAACAAUGGGAACAACAUAUAUGACCAUAGUUCUUCUCAAGGAGAAGCAUAUGGCCCUUUUAGGCCUGUUAGAGCUCAUGUUAGGGGAGCUGUUGAAGGAUUAGCUGGUAUUGGACGUGGAACUAGUUCUACAAAUCUAGCAUCAGCAGCUGUUUGGCCUCCCACUCGUUUUGUCUUUUCUAGGGUCCCAUUGGGUAUAGGAAACCGAAAUUGCCAGCAAUCUCAUGCUCAUGAGGAUUCUGAGGCUAGAGCUGAUCGAGGUGGUGACCUAACUGGAGAUGGGUUGACUGCUUUGGUUGGACUCAGCCAAGGUGUGAACAACAACAACAACAACAACACGGCUAUUAGCCAUUUAGACCAUACGGUUAGAGGCUAUGAGAUGGAUCUGCAGAGCAGAUUUUCUGGACCUUCUGUUGCUGGGACAAGUACAAGUAACACCGCCGUGCAGAUGCUGGAAUCGCUUGAAAGUGCCAUUGAACUUGAGUGGGAAAAUCCAGAAAAUUCUAUAUCGUUGGAUAUGAAAACGCCUUUAUGUCAGUUUCCUCCCUUUCGCUUUGCAGUGGAGUUUCACGAUGUGAUCCGUCUCCUUGAUGGUCAAGUCAAGCACUCUCCAGAAGCAUUCUAUGCUGGUUCUCUUUGGAAGGUUAGUGUUCAGGCAUUCAGUGAUGAAGAUCCUCAAGGACGGCGAACUCUUGGAUUAUUUCUCCAUAGAAGGAAGGCUGAUGCAACUGAUUCUUAUAGAAAGGUUCAAAUGUAUGUGGAUUCACGGGAGAAGAUUACUGCACGCUAUCAAUUAAUCUGUCCAUCAAAAAGAGAGGUGUUGGUAUUAGGGAGUUUUAAGCAAACCGGAACUCUUUUGCCUAAAGCGCCCAAAGGGUGGGGAUGGAGAACGGCCAUAUUCUUUGAUGAACUAGGAGACAUUCUCCAAAAUGGGGCUUUGCGUAUUGCUGCUGUCGUGCAGAUUCUUUGACAGUUACCAGGUUUGCUACUUACUGAUCUUUUUGUUGCUUUUUACUAGGAAAUUUGUUUCUCGAGUAAGAUUGUUACGAGUUUAUAUAUAUAUAUACUAGAACAAAACUAGCAGUUGAGAUUCUUGAGAAUGACAAGUAGUACCACAUUUGAAGUGGGCCUUUGUU